UUGGCAAAUAUUCCAACUAACAUUAGCAAGACUAGUGGACCAUCAAGCAAGGUAGCUGCCACUCAGCCAGUAAAGGCUACACCAGAAACUGAAUGUAUCAUUACCAGAGUGGAACCAGCUAAACCUGUUGUACCUAGCAGCAGACGAGAAGUAUCGGCUGCAAGCAAUGGCCCAGUUACGUGUACAGAGACAACGACUGCUUCCAAACCAGUUUCCCAAACCAGUUUGACGGCCAAUGUUAAUCGUGUGAGGAGCAUCAAUAUCAAACCCAUCGCAACAAUAACUCCGUCCACUCAACAAACAGUGAUUCCAAAACCAGUUUCUGUGACAGGUAAAACCAGUUCAACGACUACGGCCACUAGUGUGCCUGAGGCAACAAAGCCCCCACCUACCAAUAGGGUAACUACCACGAAACCACUAGCAACCAAACCUACUGCUACAACCAAAACCAUUCCUCAAAAGCCACUCCCAGUUAAUCCGGCGAAGAGCACGAUCUCAAGUGCUGCAUUUGGCUCAAGUCAGACGAGAUUUGGACUGUCUCACUCGCUGCAUCCUUACAAGCGCUACUUUCCGUCGUCGCAGGAUCUCUACGGUUACUCGUCCACCGGCACUCCUCCUCCUCUCACUCGCUAUUCUCCUCCUUCGGCUUAUGCCUACAACCCUUAUCCCUACCCUCCAAAUAAUGCCCACUACGGUUACCCAAGCCUCGCACAGGCUGCGUGGAACAUGAGCACAAUCAACUGCACCAGCAGAACCACUGGUAUUAGUCUCUCACAAUAG